AUGGAUGAUGCGGGGGACCGGUUGGUGGCGGAAUGUAAUCGGCUGCCCAUCAGCCUUCGCAAGGCUAAGAAAAGAAAGUCGCAGCGUAAGAAGACCUGCCUCCACGUUCAAGAGAAGCUGAGUCGGGCACUUAAGCAGGUGGCGGGGCUCCAGGUCGAAUUGGGCGAGGCGCAGGACUCUCUAUCUGCCCGGUCCGCUGAAUGUGAUCAGUAG